GUAGUAUGUCAACAAGUACUAGGACUGCUCAUGCUGCUGGUACUGCCACUGCCAGUAGGCCUGCUGGGCAAACACAAGUACAGGGACUUGGCCUUGGUGGAGGAGAUGAGAAGGAGUUCCAGACCAAUAAUAGCGAGAAAAAUGGCGACUUCCAUCCCUGGUUGCGAGAAGAACGAGUGGGAAAAGGGCUUUUACCAGUAGUACAAGAACAGUGUCGAAGGAGGUGGUUUGCCUGCCAUAUGUUUCCUCGCCAUCGAUUGGAAUUCCUCGUCAGGAAAAGCGAGCAAAAUUAGCUGAAGCUGGUCUGAUCAGCAAGGUCACUCUGAAUUCCCGCCAAACCCCAACCGAGGUAUUGGAGGAAAUUUCAUCACUUUUCCGUGAAACUUAUCAAAUCCGUGGCCAGUUUGAGUUCCAUUUCUUGAGGCAGUAAAAGGCUCCAGCGUCCUCGGGUUUCGACAAGUUUUAGAUGGGGAGGCAAGGAGGUGCUCGCAAAUUCUGGGUCACAAACUAUAUAUAUAAUGGCUUCCGAGCGGUACCCUCCAAUUGAAAAUACCAAGACGAACAGCCCGACCACCUGUGCGCUAUCAAAUUUCUGAUUCAGAAGAUGAUGAACUUCCUGAGUGGUUGCACAAUAACAAUCAUGAUGACAGGUAAACACAUCCUGGCACAUCUCGGUCUGGUUCCUCCGCCCCUCCCCUGACCACUUGUGCUGACCCUUUGACAGAUGAUUCUGAUGGUAGAGGCAGUUUCACAUUUGAUAAAUGAAACGUGUAACUCUAGGGUUGGCAUGUUAAGCCUUAUGAAAAAAGCUUUAAAAUGGUAUUUAGGGGUUUGGUUCAUAUUUUUUAUCAAUAGAUACAGUUACAUGUACACUCGUUUUGAAAUAAUACAGGUUCACAACAUCAUCUUUUGUAAAAUGUAACAUCAUAGUUAUUGUCUUUUUCAGGUCUGCUAGUGCUCGAAAUAAUUUGACAUCGUCUGUACCUAUGGUAUUGCCAUCUACCUCUCAUGAUACCAAUCCUCCUGUUCCAGAUGCAGAUGAUCAUUAUUUAGCUUUUGUGUCAGUUCUCUUCAUAUCUAUAUGUGUGAUUAUAGAAAAGGACAUGUCAUUCUGUCCCAAACAGGUUUGAAGAGAAAUUAUUGUGGGUUUCAUGGAUAAUAUACCACUACCUGCCUGGUGGUAAUUUAGCUAAUGCUCUUUCCUCUGUAGUUAACCCUUUCAGGUCUGGUCCUUACCCACCCAGAUCACCGAGGCGUUUUUAGUGGUUUUUAAGACUAGGUCAAAGUACUCAUUUAUGAGUUGAAAUUACAAAGAAUGACCACUUGGGUGUUGAGGGAACUGUCUAGCCUUCAAGAAAACUGCAAUUAUACUUGACCUUUUGACCUUGUGUCAAGGACACGUAAUCCAAAAUGGCUGCCGCGGGCCAGAAAAACUUUUCAUUGGUAAUUGAUGCUGUAGCUCCUACAAAAUAAAUUGCCCAUUGUACAAAGCCAAAUAUAUUGUGUAUUUGGUAGUUUUCUUCAGAAAAAAAUUGAAUACCUGCUAUAUAAUUACAUUUUUCAUCUUUUAUGGCUGUUUUUCAUGCCUGGACAAUGCUGACUGUUUGAUCCAGCGUGUACUGAGGCCAUCUUCCCGCCAUUGUACUUUCGAUUUCGUCUGCGGGGAAUCCCCUUAGUUGUACAAACAGUUACGAGAUGGCAGCACUGUAGUUUUGAUCAGUAAAACGGCACUUGAAUGCCAUCCUAUGUCAUACGGUCCACGCCAUCUGCGUGAGUAUUUUGGCACGUAUGUCAUAUGCGCCACAACCUGAAAGGGUUAAGUGAUAAUUUCUGCUCUGCAAUACCGGUACUCAUUUCCUGUAUUUUCUCAUUGUUAGACCACUAGAACUAUUGGGGGAUGAUGAGGCAGCCCUGAGGCAAGCAUUGGAGAACAGCUUGAAUACUGUUUCUGCGACGAAUGACUCUGACGUCAAUAGUUGCACUGUUGAAGACAGCUUGUCCAAAUUGGAAAUUGCCGACAUCCUGAGGGCACAUCAGUCAACAGUAGUGAAAGGGGACAGCAGGGUGAUAACCAUAAGUCGUACCCGGACCUGGGAAACUUCGCUCCCAUAUUUCAAAAGAAGGACAUUUAUGAGCCAGACAGGCUUCCUUCAAGUUGCAUUUGGCUACGACGAAAUAGAGGAAGAUGCGGUUGACCUAGGGGGCCCUAGGAGGGAAUUUUUCCGCCUUCUGCUCAAGUCCAUUUUGAAAGACAGCAAUUUGUUAAUAUCCUCGCCUCAUGGGAUGUCAUUAAAACCCAGUAUCUCUGCCCAGACUCAAGGCCUCUACUCCAUUUUGGGCCAGAUAAUUGCGAUGGUAGUAGUCCAAGGUGGAGAAAAUCCUUCUUUCUUCACCCCAAGUAUUGCGGCAUAUAUAUCGCAUGGCGAUAUAUCCAGAAUCAUGCCUACACCUGAUGAAGUACCUGAUUCAAAGGUCCGGGGAGACCUGAAGAAGAUACUGGAGACAAAAACAAGUGAAGACUUUGAUGCAGCAUUGUCAAUGGCAGAUUGGCGAUUCGACAUUCCUUGCAUACAAACCCACAUCCCUUUUGAGCGGAAAGAAACUUUCGUAACGGAGGUUGCACUGUAUUUUGUUAUUGUGCGAACUCAGGGGAUGCUGGAUCAGAUGAUACAAGGACUCAAAUACUAUGAGUUACUUGACCUAAUCAGAAAGAGACCUGCCUUGAGCUGUCUCUUCAGGUGGCAGCAAGAUAAGGACCUCACUGCAGAUAGACUGCUGCAAAUCUUAAAAACCUAAUUCUCCAAAGAGGGGAGUAACCGCCGGGUAUUGGAAGAACAUCUCAUGAUCAGACUGAAGGAGUUUUUCUUCAGGAUUGAAGCGACAAUUCCCAGUACGUGUAUUUGGACCCUGAGUAAGGGCUACACAUGGCCCUCCUCAAAAGUUGGUUGCAAUUUGAACCGACAAUGUCCGCCAUAUUGUAGCUGAGAAACAGUGGUCACGUGAUCAAUUUCUGCCCUGUGAUUGGAUGAAACGAAAGUAAACAGUUAUCUCUGGUACAACUACAGUGAUGGAGCUGAGAACUGGACAUAGCCUGACAUUGACGACAACCCCAGAAGGAGACACCUGCGCCUUUCUGGAGCAAAUCUCUCCUGCUUUGUGUGAUGAUCAUUUUGAAGUCUUCAAAAGAAAUGCGACUGCAAAAGGACGUGGAAGGCGGGUGGCUCUGCCUGCUGAUGUGCGAUGCAACAACCGACUACUCCUACAGCUAUUCCUAAUUCGCGAAAAGGAAGGACAGACAUGGGAUGAGCUACGUGACCUUUUCAGCAAACUCUGCCCGUCUUUGCCUGUGUCAAGGCUGCGCUGGAAAGUGGAGCAUUGUGUCAAAUUAGCACGAGAUUUGGCUACAUCAGGUGAACCAUUUGGACCCUUUCUCGAUGUGACUUUAAGCUUCAAUUCCCUGGGCACCAUCAGUGAUAGCUAUGGCAUUUACGAAUCAGAUAUUCUGGGGGAUCCAGAGGAUCUAAGGUCAUAUGGAAACACUGUCCAGCUCACAAAUGGUUUUGUCAUGGAGAUCAAAACUUUUGCAAAGAAAAAGAAGAUUCCGCUUGCAAAGCUUAAGAACAUUUUUCAAAGUCUGGGUGCUUUGGUGAGGAGUGACACAGAUUUCGCGAAGAUUUUGAACGAAACUGAGGGUACAUAUCGCAGGACGAACAAAUCCAAGAGCAGAAAGGGGCCAGACGGUGUGAGUGAAUUUGAUAAAUUUUCACAUAGUUUGUGCAAGUUGGUCAUUGAAAGUAGGCCUGUGGACAUUGAACCUGAUAAAAUGGACAAUACUGAUGCUGAAGAUAGACAUGAGGAUUCUGACAAUCGCAUUGAUCAAGAAGAGCAUGGGGAACCUGUGAUGGACAAUACUGAUGCUGAAGAUAGACAUGAGGAUUCUGACAAUCGCAUUGAUCAAGAAGAGCAUGGGGAACCUGUGAUGGACAAUACUGAUGCUGAAGAUAGACAUGAGGAUUCUGACAAUCGCAUUGAUCAAGAAGAGCAUGGGGAACCUGUGAUGGACAAUACUGAUGCUGAAGAUAGACAUGAGGAUUCUGACAAUCGCAUUGAUCAAGAAGAGCAUGGGGAACCUGUGAUUGUGAAACCAGCUUCUGAACAUGUGGCAAAUUUGGCAGCAAUGAAACAGGCACGUGAACUCCGUGCACUCAAGGGAAGACUUGAGGAAUCCAACAAAGAAAACUCUGAGUUGCGAGAACAGCUUGGGGUGUGUUCAAAGGAGUGUUCACACCAUGCAAAGCGUGCAAAUCUCUUGGAAAAAGAAUUAUCUGACAGAAAGGAGGAGUUGAAUUUGAAAGCCUUGCAAAGGGAACAUAGUAAAUUACAGACUGAAUUUGGUGACAUUGCGUCUGAACUCCUUCAGUAUAAAAAUGGUACAAAGGCACGAAAACUUAGAGAACGAGAAAAAAACGUAACUGAAAAUGAGAAAAUUCUCAGGCAACACAAGGACAAUGGCUGUCAACAUGUUAUAUCUUCUCUAAAAGACCAAGUGAAAAGGUUGCAAACAGAAUGCAGUACACAUCUUAAAGCACUUUCCAAUUUUCGCUCGAACAAAAGCACACUCAAAGCGGAAAUUACGAAACUGAAAAGUGAGUGUGAUGCAUACAUUAUUAAGAUCGAGGAUCUUGAAGCAAUUGCCGGAUCAAAUCGGAAACUUGUCACAAAAUCGGGAACAGUCUAUUCGAAUGAAAUCGUCAAAUGUAUCAUUCAGUUGAUUGGAGAAGUCAACAUUCCAGCUGGGCGUUGUGCACCUGCUAUAAAAUGCAUUGCUAACUGUUUGUUUGACUGCAAAGUGGAAAUGAAGGACUUGCCAUCCAUCAGAACCACUGGGCGCUUUGCUGAUAGAGGCCACGUUCUAGCCAAAUAUCAUGUGACUGACUCCAUACUACAAAAUGACCGAUACGACAUGCAUUCUGAUGCUACCAGCAGGGACCACAGAAAGUACCUGGGGAAUCAAAUUACACUUUCUUCAGGAAAUAUCAUGAGUUUAGGUUACAUGAUGAUGCAGACAGAAGAUGCCUCAAGCCUCCUAGAUGCUGCAAUAACUAUUUUGAAAGAACUUGCUGAUAUUCAUGGGUUUGUUGAAAAUGCAGCUGAUACUGAAGCAACCUUCAAGGAGUUGGUCAGAAAGCUUAGUGCACUGAUGUCGGACCGAGCCAGUGUGAAUAAAGCAUAUAACCGGGAAUUCGACAAGAAGCGAAAGGAAAUCAUUGGAGAUGAGUCUGCCCAGCUAGAAUUCAUAUAUUGCAAUGCUCACUUUCUGCUGGGACUCAGCUCGGAAAGUGAGAAGGUGUUGAAGCAGCUCCAGAAGGCGAUUGGGGAUGGAACAGGAAAGCUAGGACGGGACAAACUGAACCAGUUCAAGAGUUUUUCUUCUGCUGGGGAGUCGGCUGUUUCCAGGUUUAUCAGGACUGCAUGCGACGUGUUAGGGCCAAGAGGAGAUGACAAGUCAGGAUGUCGAGACGCCUGGGAGGCUUACUGUCACUUGCAGGGUGAGCGAUCGCUGGUGAAAAGCUACAGAAGUAACAGGUUCAACAACUUUUUUGAAGGGGCUGGCACACUGCAUUUCCACCGCAAGGGAAUUCAGGACUUUUUCUCGAACUACAGUGAAUCCCCGAACCUGAAGUUGCAGAGUGUCUUGGCAGAUUGCCAGGAUGAUGAUGUGGAUACCAUGCUUUCGGCUGUUGGGAUCACGUUUUUCAUGGUAACUGGGCCUUACUGGAGGUUGAUCACCAGUCAAACAGUGUACUUAGACUUGUACAAGUUUAUAACCCCCAUGAGAGAGAAAUUUGAACUGUACUCAAAAGAUGCUUCAGGCAUUUUGGAAAACCAGGACUCUGUGAUUCCCGAGUUUGCUGUUGAAGGCGGAGAGGUCAUGCUGCACUGUACUCAGACUGUGAAGAAACCAGAACUUUUCGUCAAAACGCUACAGGCUUUGUUUGCUGGAUUCCUUGCUGUGACUGACCGUCAGCUACAGGAUUUUCUCCCAGGUGGGAGGUACUAUGAUGUUCAGGACCAAGCCAUCCGUGAAAAGAUGAGCCAUUGCCAGCUAACGAAUCUGAUCGGAGAACAAAACCUGGGGGAUCUAGACUACAGCCUCUUCAUGAGAAGACAUGCGUCACUUCAUUACAGAAGCUUCAUCAAUAUGAUGCAGAGGAAUCGGACGAUGUCUUCCUGGUUUUUAGCAAAGACGAAAACAGAGCAGGGUCACCUUCUGUCACUCUCGGCCAAGAAAGCAGCUCCCCUUCGGAAGAAGCAUCGUGAUGCAGAAAAAUUGAAGAAAAAAGAGCAAAAGCUGUUAAACGGAAGGCGGAUAUCACUCAGAAGGUGAAGAAUCAUGGUGGACCUUGCCUCACACCCCAUGAUGUCAACAGGAUUUUGAAACCAGAGAAUUUUAGGACAAUCACAGCACAGAAAGCAGCCUUGAAUGCCGAAGUACAGUACAUCAAGGUGGUCCUCGGUGGCAAACAUCCUCUAUUCAAGUCGUCCAAGCUGAAAUGUGAGGAGAUCAGAAAGAACCUGAAGACUUACCUGGCAACCUUGACUGGGAUAGCAGCACCAGCCUCUCCCCAACCUGAUGUCAGUGUCAAUGCUGAUGACGAUGUUGAACCUGAAGCUACUGGUGGUACUGGUAAUCCCAUGGAUGAUGACGAAUACCUUUCCUCAGACUACGGAAGCAUCAAUGGUGAUGAUUCAGACAGUUAUGAUGGUUCAGAAUCAGAUGAGCCGCCAUCAUCUGAAAAUGAAGAGGAGACUGAGAGUGAAUUAGAG